CGAUUUGUCACUCAAGCAGUGUGGAGAUGGAAUUUCUCAAUGGGAAAUGCUGCUUUGUACACAAGAAAACUGCAACUCCUCACUUUCUUAUCAUAUUUAUAUAUGGAGUUUCCAUUUGCCACUCAAUUCAAAGGAUUAAAGAAUGUGGACUUACAUGCUCUCGGGGGGUUCAUUGUAGAAGCAGAGAAACCAGUGGUUUCUUCUGCGAGGACCCACCAGAUUCUCUGUUACCUACUGUGUUAGAAAAUAUGAAGAUCUCCACAGCUAUGAAGUGCCAAAAGAUGAAUCAAUGUUCAUUGUAUCUGGAUGUUAAAGGAACUAUUGCUCUUGAUGAAAACAUAAAAGGAGUAGAAAUCUGCUCUUUGACACUGAGCACACAGCAGAAUCAAUGCACUAGUGUGAAAUUUUCAAGAAUCAAAACUGGAACAAAAAAGGUAGAUGUUCAAUUUAACUGCUUUGAAGUGAGCACUGGGCAACAUGUGUAUGUUUCCAUGAAAACAAUUCCAUAUUUUUGUAAUAUUGAGCUAGAAGAAGAGUAUCAUGUAGAAGACUGCUACCACAGUGUUGUGGGAAACAGCAUACCAUCAUGUUCAGCUGGGAAGUUAAAUUACAUGGUGGAUGAGGAAAAGAAAACCAUAACAGUACAUGUUUCAGAUAAUCUGGAGGAGUAUGACUAUAAUGUAAGACUGUGUCUAAAACAUUACAGCUGCCAAGACAUUAGUGGAGCACACGCACUGAUAAAAAUGGGAAACUCUUCUAAAUCUGUCACUUUUCCAUAUUCAGAAAUUCUGCCAUGUCUGUGCAUUGAGGGUUGGUCUGCAUUUACUGAUGCAAGAAGGAUACGCCUUUGUCCUUUUAAAAAUGAAACCAGCACUCUUUGGGACAGCAUUACUUACAAUCCUAUGAUCAAAGUUCUAGCAUGGGAACCAUCCUGUGCUGUUCAAGUCACAGUUAAUCUUUGCUGGUUGACAAAUCAGGAUGACAAAUGUGUUAAGAUCCCAAAAUCCGAAAGGACAACAGUGGUUGACCAGGUUUCCUAUAAGGAUGUAGACACACAUCCUAGACUCUGCAUGGAGUUUACCACUGAGAUGGGAUCUUGGGUCAGGUGUCCAUUUGGUUUUGGACAAUUUCCAGGAUGGGAUAUGGAAGCAGUUGUCACAGAUGAACAGAUUGAAAUCAGAAUCACAUCCCAUACCAUGGCAAAGUUCUCUGUUGUUGUGUGCAAUAAAAUAAAAUUUGCUAUGUGUGAAUCUCUCCAGACCUUUACUUUAGUGCAUGGAGGAACAUCUGGUUUUGUGAGUCACAGUGUGUCACGUGAACUAUGUAGCUAUAAUAUUUGCAUUCAGGUCUUACGGACAGAUGUAAAUUACUCAUUUCCAGUUCAAAUCUGCAAUAUAUCCUGCAAUCAACCAUUCACACCGUUUCAUAAGAACAUCUUGCCAGUUCUUGCAGUGGCUGCAGGAUUUCUGAUAAUGGUCACCAUGAUCACAAUUAUUGGAUAUGCGGUAUUAAAAGUAUACUACAGAAUGAAACCAAAACAAGAAAUCACUUUAAAAACGAAAGUAAAACAUUUGUCAUCUGAAAUAGCUUCUUCACUUGAGCAACGAUAUCCAUUCUAUUUGCCAAAGAUGAUGAACUGAUGAUCUGGAAGCAGAUUCCUCGGUAGAGCCUAUCAAUAUGUGAUUUUAAUUUUGAAAGAAGACUUUUUUCAUUUAAUGUGGACUUUUCAUGCAUAGUUAGCUCUUUUAUGUGAAUCUGUGAGUGGAAUUGAAGCAACUUUUUGGCCAUAAUUUUCUGCAAAUACUUGAAAUCCCUGUUAACAUUUUUUUUAAAAAAACUUCUGAGAAUAAACAUUGUGCUUCUACCAUAAAGGUGACUUACAGUAGGGAAAUUACUGUAUUCUAAACUAGUCCAGCAAAGUUAAGAGAGGAACAUUCAAACAAGUAGGACGUAGUCAUACAAGCUUCAAAACCACAAAGGACCCUUCUUCAGCUAUUACGUCUGCAUAAUUGAUGUGACUCUACAACUUACACUAUGAAUGUUGACAUCACAGGCUUUGUUGAACUGCUCUCUUGUGGAUCAUUACUGCAAUAUCCAUUUUUGUGUUAUGUACUAAAACUCAGUACUUUGUGCUUCUUAUAUGUAUAUGCUAUGAACAUUAUUAAUAUUGCCCAAUAAACAUGCACACAUAUACACAUCUUAUAAAGUUCAUUUUAUGUGUUAAGUAUCAGGAAGUGUUAGCAGAUGCCCUUUUGAAAGUUGUGGUUUUCCCAAUCAGUUGUCACAACACACAUUCCAAUCAUAGCUGUUAGUUACUUGGAGCAACAAGUAACAUAACAAGUAAAGCUGAGAUUAAGUUGUAUUUUUAAUAGAAUAGUAUUCACUUUUUAAAAAUAAAAAAAUUAUUUAUCAUAGAAAACGAUGUUAUGCCUUUAUUUUAAAGCAAAAAUGCAGGCAAAAUUAAUAUUUUUUAAAUGUGUUGUCACAUAUACAGCUGUCUUUGCUGCAGUAUACUAAUUGAAUUAAGCUACUAUAUAUUUAUUUUAACUAUAUGCUUUUCUUAAAUGUAUUUUUGUCACACAAUGUACAUUUUGAAUUAUACUGUUACAUUUUUAUUUUAAUAAAUGUGUAUGUUUUGUUCUGUUACUUAAAAA